CUGUAUUCCGACGGAUUUCUAUUUCGUUCGAAAGUGAUAUUUCGAUCGUUUUCGAAUUUACCAUUCCCUAUUCCAAUCGUUUUGCUCGUUUCGAACGAAAGUGUUAGAAAAUUUCGAAUAUGCAUCGAUCUGUCAAAAACCGAUAAACAAAAAGAAACACCGUAUUAAAUAGCGGCGAGUGCGAGUUGAAUUUCAGUUAAUUUUUGAUCCUAAGAGAAAUUUGUGAGAAAAUUUUCUCGUUCAAUGGAUUCCGUUUUGUUACCGAUUUUGGCGGAGCAAGAAGAAAUUGGAAUGCCUUGCUACCAUCGGCGAAACCACCGAAAAUCAACCGACUUCAUGAAACUUUCUGAUGAAGCAUUCAUCAAAAGUUUUCGUCUAAGUAAGGAAGCUUUUCGGUACGUUUUAGAGGAAAUUGAGAACUGCCUUACCACAAGGAAAGGUGGUCUAUCCACGGAGGUGAAACUCGCAGCAUGUUUGCGAUUCUUUGCUGAAGGAAAUUAUCAACAUGGAGCAGGGCAAGAUUAUCACAUUGCCAUAGCACAGCCCACAUUUUCCAAGGUGCUGACUGAAAUGCUUAACAUUCUGGAGCGGACACUGUGUAAGAAAUGGAUUUCCCUAAAUAUGACGGAAGACGAACAGCGGCGUGCUAAACUACACUUCUAUCAGAAAACAUCAAUUCCGGGUGUUAUUAUGUGUUUGGAUGGAACCCACGUAAAAAUUAUUCCACCUAAGCUGAAUCGAAAUUUGUUUUUUAAUCGGAAGGGAUUUUAUAGUCUCAACGUUCUGAUUGUUUGUGACGAUCAGCAAAGGAUUCGUUUCGUUGAUCCUACCUUCCAGGGAUCUAAUCAUGACUCUCAUAUAUGGCGUGUAAGCCCUGCAAGAACUCACUUUGAGCAGCUUCACCAAAAUGGUGAAGUUAAUACUAAGAUUCUAGGUGAUGCUGGUUAUCCAUCGGAACCUUGGUUAGUAACGCCAUUCAGAGCAGCGGAGGAAGGGAGUUUGGAGAGCGAUUUUAAUCGCAGGCAUGCCUUGGGUCGUGCUAUCGUCGAGCGGACAAUCGGUUUACUAAAAAAUCGGUUUAGAUGCAUCCUUGGCGCGAGACAACUUCACUACAAUCCUACUAAAUGCGCUCAAAUUAUAAAUGUAUGCUGUGCACUUCACAAUAUAUGCUUAGAAUUUGGUCGUUCUCAGUAGUUAUAAUAUGUUAUGCAGCUGUUUACAUAAUAAACUUUUGUUUAAAUUAAUAUUUAUGACUGUUAAAUUUCAUCUAACUUGUUUGCAAAUGCUCAAAUAAAUAACAACCACCGGAAAAGGAAGUGUCUUCCUUACUUAACUAUGGUUUCGGCAGAAUUAUUUACUCUUAUUCCUGCCAACACUUUGAGAACAUGUCAUUAUCGAUUUCUCGUAAGCAGGCCAAGUAUUCAAAUAACCAUUAUUAAUACUUUUUGCGUUGUUUUAACCCCUUGCUGUACGAUUUAAUUUCCAACAGCACGGCCCAAAACGAGCACUUCGAGUCGUUCCGCUACUCUGCUGAGUGUGGGUAUCUAACAUGGGUGCCCUAUGAUGAGCAAAUACAUGUUGUGUUUAAAAUAAAAACGAAGGAGUUAUUACUACGUACUAACUCGUUCGUUUUUAUUUUAAUUAUAAUAUUCAAAUUAUAUUUUAUAUUUUUAGCUCAUUCAAUUUUUUUUUAAAUAACGGAAAUUUUAUAAUCUUCAGUUGUCGGUAUCCUCAUCAUAUGCCUGAAGCUAUGUAAUUAUUUCACAUCGAGAAACAACGAGUGAAGUUCAAUGUUGUACGUGAAGGGGUUAAGGAAGUUCCAUAAACUAUAGGCGAAAUUCGUGAAUUUUAAAAAAGUUUAUAUAAUUUUGAUGCUAUUCCAAACAAACUUCAAAGAAAAAAUUAAGUAAGAUUUUUCUUCCAUGGAAAGAUAUAAAAAUACGAUUAGAACUUUUUUUCAUUUUUUUAUACUUGAGUUACAAUAUAAAGAUAAAAAAUCAGAUCACUGAUAUUUUGAAACAUUAUUCUAAUGUUCUGAAAUAUACGCAAUCUGCGUUUCAAGGAUUUGUCGCUAUUGAUUUCUCCAGCGCGAUCUUCUCCAUCUCGUGGUUAUGUCGUUUUUGUUCACUCAGAUGUUCUUUGAGUGUGGCAUCCACGGAAAGAAUCGCUCGAGCUGAUUGGCGCUGAUAAUGAACCAGAUCACUCAAAUUCUUGUUUGUGUUUUUUAACAGGGAUUUCACAUUGGUGUGAAAUUUGUUUUGUUGCUCGACUUGCAGCUCUAAUAGCCUCGUGGUAGAAGGUCUGGAUUUUUUCGGCUGAGAGGGCUGGAAGUGAAUGGUAUUAUUGAUACCGUCACACUCGUCGGAAGUACCAUAAUAUAUAAAAUUUUCCUGGUCUGCAGCUUGAGGUUCACCCGAAGGCGAACCCAACUGUGUUCCAUGAGAUGAGGUACCCGGGAUUCCUUCCACGGUCGCAAGUAACCCAGUUAGUAGAACUGCCUGCUCCUCCAGCUCGGACAAAUUGAUAAUUUUAUUGGGUCCUCCACCUGUCGCCCUCUGCUCCCGUUUGUUGUGAGCGAGUUUUCGCUUUAAUCCGGACUUAUAGUCCGCCCAAACCUACACAGAAAACCAGGGCAAAAAUAAGACUAUAAACAUAUGUUUCGGAUUCGUUUUAGUAUAUACCUUUUUCCAUCCACUUCCAUCGCGAAUAGGCGGUCCCAAACUAUUGACUUCUGCCGCCAGAUCAUCCCAGUAGGGUCCGGAAUUUCCUCGGGAGAAACCCUUUGCUAUGUCCGGCUCUUGCUCCAGAAGCAGCACAAUCCGCUCGAACUGAUUUUUAGUGGUUGUUUUGUUUUUGUUUUUUUCCCUGUUGAACGUUAAAAUUAAUUUAAAGAAAAAAAUGAUUAAAAAUUAGCUUACAUUUUUGCAGUUCACCGCUCAUCCGCUGCGGAAAUUAUUCACUCCUUCAUAAACAAAGUGGGUUUGACGUUUGGUUUGAUUCGAAUGAAAGAUGUUCGAAAACAAAACAGUCCGAACGAAAGGUAUUCGAAUUUGAAAACACCUCGAACGAAACAGGGAAUGGAAUUUACCAAGUCGUUCGAAAUAUUUCGAAUCGAUUG